AUGGUUCCCUGGCCUGGACUUCAGCUGAACCGCCGAGGGAACGAACGAACGAAGGAACGAGGCUCCCUCGGGAAGCGGAUGACGUCACCUGCGCUCCCCGCGCACCUGCGCAAACCGGGAGCACGCCCCGCGCGGCCCCUAGGGGAGCUGGAAUGGACGGGCCUCGCUCCCUCACCACUUCUCGGUCCCGGGCACCGUCAGUCCCCUAGUGCCUGCCAGCCUGGGGGAGGGUACACCGCCAAGGGCGCGACCGGCCUCCGGCCUGGGGCUCCCGGGCUCCCGCCUCCCACACCGCAAUGGCUGCGGGCUUGGGCCGGGGGCCCGGGGGCCCAGGGGGGCCCAGCUGGCCCCGAGGGCAGCGGCACGGGGGAGCACCGCCCCGGCGACAGCUCCCCCGUCGCUUUGGCCUCUGUUGCGGCAGCCCUGACGGGCUGUCCCUCCCCCAGGAACAAAGUCUUGUGGCUCUCGGGGGGCGGGGGGGGCCUGGAGGUGCCAGGGGCCCUCAACUGGGAGGUGACCCUGUGUCUGCCGGCCUGCUGGGUGCUGGCCUACUUCUGUGUCUGCAAGGAGGUCAAGUCAAGAGGAAAGGUACAGCUGGAGGCGGGCUGGGGGCCCCUAAGUGGGGAGGCGGGGGGCCGCAGGGCCCCUUCUGAGCAGCGCCCCCCCCGCCCCCAGAUCGUGUACUUCACGGCCACCUUCCCCUACGUGGUCCUCGUCGUGCUGUUGGUGCGGGGAGUGCUGCUGCCCGGCGCCCUGGAUGGCAUCAUCUAUCUGAAGCCUGACUGGUCGAAGCUGGGGUCCCCUCAGGUGUGGAUAGAUGCCGGGACCCAGAUUUUCUUUUCUUACGCCAUCGGCCUGGGCGCCCUCACGGCGCUGGGCAGCUACAACCGCUUCAACAACAACUGCUACAAGGACACCAUCAUCCUGGCCCUCAUCAACAGCGGGACCAGCUUUUUCGCUGGCUUCGUGGUCUUCUCCAUCCUGGGCUUCAUGGCCGCAGAGCAAGGCGUGCACAUCUCCAAGGUGGCGGAAUCAGGGCCCGGCCUGGCCUUCAUCGCCUACCCCCGGGCCGUCACGCUGAUGCCUGUGGCCCCCCUCUGGGCUGCCCUGUUUUUCUUCGUGCUGUUGCUGCUCGGCCUGGACAGCCAGUUUGUAGGUGUGGAAGGCUUCAUCACUGGCCUGCUCGACCUCCUCCCGGCGUCCUGCUACUUCCGUUUCCAAUGGGAGAUCUCCGUGGCCCUCUGCUGCGCCCUCUGCUUUGUCAUCGACCUCUCCAUGGUGACUGAUGGCGGGAUGUACGUCUUCCAGCUGUUUGACUACUACUCGGCCAGCGGCACGACCCUGCUGUGGCAGGCCUUCUGGGAGUGCGUGGUGGUCGCCUGGGUGUACGGAGCCGACCGCUUCAUGGACGACGUCGCCUGCAUGAUCGGGUACCGCCCCUGCCCCUGGAUGAAAUGGUGCUGGUCCUUCUUCACCCCGCUGGUCUGCAUGGGCAUCUUUAUCUUCAACGUGGUGUACUACAAGCCGCUAGUCUACAACAACACCUACGUGUACCCGUGGUGGGGCGAGGCCAUGGGCUGGGGCUUCGCGCUCUCCUCCAUGCUGUGUGUGCCCCUCCACCUCCUGGGCUGCCUCCUCAGGGCCAAGGGGACCGUGGCUGAGGUCGGUCCCCUGCACCCCCUCUUCCCUGCACGACUCCCUCCUUCCCUCCCUCCCUCCCUCCCUCCAACCCACCGGAUCAAGGCGUUUCCUCCCAAGUGCCCCUUCUCCCACCCACUACUAGGAUGUAGCAUCACGCUAGGAGUCUCUGGGCCAGAAGUCUCUGGGCCGGCCCACAAAGGGGUGGAUGGAAGGAACGCUGAGCCUCCAGGUUCCGAGGUCACGGCAGGGGGAGGAGAGAGAGGUCUGUCCCCAGCCCUUGCCCCGUUUCCCUAGGACAGAGUGUGGGGUGUGGUCAGUGCCUGUGGG